AUGUCGUUGAGCCCAAAGCACACAACGCCUUUUUCAGUGACAGACAUCCUGAGUCCGAUCGAGGAGACCUACAAGAAGUUUGGUGGCAUGGAAGGCGCUGGCAACCUGGCACCUCCUCUGGGAGGGUACCGCCAACCUCAGGUCUCUCAGGCUACCAUGCAGCAGCACCCCAUGGGUCACAACGCCACGGUGGCGACCACCUAUCACAUGCCACACGGCGUGUCCCAGUUCUCUCACAGUGCCAUGGGAGGCUACUGUAACGGGAGCAUUGGCAACAUGGGGGAUCUCCCGUCUUAUCAGGACACCAUGAGGAAUAGCGCCGCAGCGACUGGCUGGUACGGAUCAAAUCCGGAUCCCAGAUACUCAACAAUUUCCCGCUUCAUGGGAACGUCCGCUGGGAUGAAUAUGGCGGGAAUGGGGGCUUUAACUGGAAUGGCAGACGCCGCCAAACCAAUGGCACCUUUACACGCUACACCCAGGAGAAAAAGAAGGGUACUGUUCUCCCAGGCCCAAGUCUACGAGUUGGAACGUCGCUUCAAACAGCAGAAGUAUCUCUCGGCUCCCGAAAGGGAACAUCUAGCCAGCAUGAUCCACCUGACACCAACACAAGUAAAAAUCUGGUUUCAGAACCAUCGCUACAAGAUGAAGCGCCAGGCCAAGGACAAGGCUACCCAGCAGAUGCAGCAGGAGAACAACCUGUGCCAACAGCAACAGUCUCCCAGGAGAGUGGCCGUGCCAGUUCUUGUUAAAGACGGUAAACCGUGUCAGAAUGGCUCGAGCACCCCGACUGCCAACCAACAAAGUCAACAAGUGAAUUCGCUCGCUCAAGCUCAAGACCUGGGCCAGGUGUCGCCAAAUUCGACGUCCCUCCACAGUUCGGUUACUAACAUGUCUCAAAUGGACACAGCUACUGCGGACUACACGGGGAGUAUGGUAAACCCCAGCCUGCUGUACGGCAGGACCUGGUAG